GGGACCCGCAUAUCCAUGCCAGUCUUCACCUCAGACACAGUGGGGAAGUUUGGCACGUAUGGUGAGAGCUCAUUGAUCACCAAUGAGAAGUUUACCAUGCAAAACCUGAACGACCGCUUGGCAUCCUACCUGGAGAAGGUGCGUUCUCUGGAGUCAGCUAACAGGAAGCUGGAGCUGCAGAUCAGAGAGUACUAUGAGAAGAAAGGGCCCGCAGCGUCCAGAGACUUCACCAUCUUCUUCGCCACCAUCAGUGACCUCCGGGCUAAGAUCACAAGGAGAUAUCUGGACAACCAGGGUAUCGUCCUGCAGAUUGACAAUGCUAGCCUGGCAGCAGACGACUUUAAAAUAAAGUAUGAGACAGAGCUAAACAUCCAUAGCAUGGUGGAGGCGGAUGUGGCCCGUCUCCGAGGGGUCCGGGACAGCAUGACUCUGUCCAUCAGUGACAUGGAGUUGCAGAUAGAAGGUCUCAAAGAGGAGCUGGCUUUUUUGAAGAGGAACCAUGAGGAGGAGAUGUGUGAGCUCAGGAUCAAGCAGACUGGCCAAGUCAAUGUGGAGGUAGACAGCACAUCUUCUGUUGAUCUGACUAAAGUCCUGGAGGAGGUUAGGGAGCAGUACGAAGCUGUGGCCGCCAAGAACAAGCUGGAGCUUGAAAAAUGGUUCCAAACAAAGAUGGAAACACUCCAGACGGAAAUCCUUCAAUUUGGCCAAGAGGUAAAGACGCACAGCAGUGAGCUAUCAGAGCUGAAGAGGACCUACCAGAGUUUGGACAUCAGUCGUUCAAGCUUCCUCGCAGAGAUUCAGUGCCUACAGCAGAACCAGGAAGAAACCAAAUCCCGUUACAGCAUCCAGCUCAGCCAGCUGCAGAUGACCAUCAACGUGUUUGAGACAGAGCUGCAGGAGCUCAGGGUCUCCAUAGAGACGCAGCAGUCUGAGUACAAAAUGCUGCUGGACAUCAAGAUGAGGCUGGAGUUGGAGAUCGCUGAGUACAGGAGGCUGCUGGAGGGAGAGAGGCAGGAGAAGAAGGUGGUCAUCAGCAAGGUGGUGGAAGAGCAUAAACCUCACAUUGAGAGAAGAGUGAAGACCAUCGUGGAGCAGGUUGUAGAUGGAAAGGUGGUGUCCUCCACCAUUGACACUGAGGUGCAGAACAUCCAGUAACACAGCUGCUGUUACUGAACCUAUAAUCAAACAUGACUGGGCUCUUCAGUGGUACAUCUUCAAUUUUAAUCAUGUUAAAAAAAAUAUUUUCUACAUUUGGCCAUUUACUUUUGCUUUCAAGUUUCCUUCUCCAAAUUUUUUCAGACUGCUAUUGUAGGGUUCCUGGUUUUUGUCCUUUUAUUACAAUUCAAUAAUUUAAGAGAGUUAAUGCCUGUAAUGAUUUCUGCUUGAUGGUUAACUCACUUUGAUUAUCAUGAGUCCAAACUGUGAUCAAAAGCUAUGGUAAGAUUUUUAAUCUUUGAAAAGACGUGUCUUGUCCUAAAACUGAUCAUUCAUUAGCAAAGUCAAACAAAGUUUUAUGUAAUUUCUUAAAAUUAUCUUUUUGUGCAAAAAUAGAUAAAUGAAUAAAUAACAUAGGAGGUGUAAAAUGGCAAAGAUUCAACCCACUUUAAGUCACGAAACGAGAAAUAAACUUUGA